AUGGAGGAUUUCAGACGACUGCAGCUCCAUCUUGAGCUCCAACCUGGACUGCAUAAGAGGGACACAAAGCCCCGCACUGGCACUGACGGGAAGCCCUUCCAGCUAUUCUUGGACCUGGAGGAGAAGGCAGCCCAACUGAACCAUGACCUGCAAAAAACAGCUGAGCGCGUCACUCGCGACUUGGAUAGGAAGGCUAACUGGCUUAACUGCGACCUGGAAAACACGGUUACACGCGUCUACUGCCACCUGCAAGACAAGGCUGCCUGGGUGAACGUCGAGCUGCAAGAGGUGGUUUCCCGUCUCGGUAACAACCUGUCAGAGAGGUCAGAUCAGGUGACCAGCGAAAUGGAAGAGCAGCUUCGCCGAAUCAAGCUCAACAUGAGGGAGAAGUUUGCCCGGGUCAGCCGAAACCUGGAAGAGAUAGCCGUCCGGGUCAACCAUGACCUGGAAGAGAAGGCUGCCAAGGUCAUUCCCGGGCUCUCGCCCUCUGUCUUACACCUUGAUUCACAACCCCAGCCCAAUGUCACAACCGUAGUCAUCCACAGCCCUAGCCCCACCCAUAGUACCACCGCCCUCAGGGAGCCAUCAUCACAGGUGAUGGAGCCCAAGUCUAAGGAGGAGGUAGAAGCUACGAGUCCUCCUGGAAAACCGCCUUUGAAGCCAGCUGAAGAUGACAUUCUACACAAGAAAGCAUUGGAUGAUACUGGUCCGACCAUCGCCAGCCCUCAAAAGAAAUGUAUCAGUAUUGAAAGUUUUGAGCUCUGCAAGGUGUUGGGCAAGGGGAACUUCGGCAAGGUCCUGCUUGCAAAGCUGAAGGAAACCGGGGAGUUCUUUGCCAUCAAAGUCCUGAAGAAGGAGAGGGUCAUAUCUUUCAGUAAUAUAGACUACGCCAUGGCAGAAAGGAGGGUGCUGGCACUAGCCUGCGACUGCCCCUACCUCUUGCACCUGUACUCCAGCUUCCAGACCAAGGAACACCUGUUCUAUGUGAUGGAGUGCCUGAAAGGGGGAGACCUUAUGUUUAACCUGCAGCAGACUGGGCCUUUUGACCUUUCCAGAGCCACGUUCUAUGCUGCUGAAAUUAUAUGUGGGCUUCAGUUCCUCCAUUCCCGGGGAAUCAUCCACAGGGACCUGAAAUUGGAGAAUCUAAUGCUGGACAAGGAUGGGCACAUCAGGAUUAUAGACUUUGGUCUGUGCAAGGAUAAUAUGUCUGAAGGGAAACUGGCCUCAAACUUCUGUGGGACAGCACACUACAUGGCACCUGAGAUCAUCAACGGAUGGAAGUACUCCUACCCCGUGGACUGGUGGUCCUUUGGGGUUGUGGUGUUUACCAUGCUGAACGGAGUGCUACCCUUCCAAGGCAGGAAUGAGCUGGAGCUCUUCAAGUCCAUCCGCAAGACCACUCCCCAGCACCAGCUCUGGGUCACCGCUGAGGCCCGGGACCUGAUGGAGAAGCUGUUUGAGCGGGACCCCUACGACAGGAUAGGCUUUGUCGGAAACAUACGCGCACACCCCUUUUUUGAGAACAUUGACUGGCCGGCUCUUGAGAGGAGGGAAGUGAAACCCCCCUUCAGGCCCAAAGUGAAACACUCAGCUGACUUCAGCAACUUAAGAUGGGACUUGCCGAAUGAGAGGCUCCGCUUCUCCAAGAGCAACAAGAAUGUCAUCGACUCCGUAGAUCCUGCGGUCUUUGCUGGCUUCUCUUUUACAAACCCUAACUGGCGCUGCUCCUAG